CGAGGCUAUGGCUCCCGCGGGCGACUGCUCCAGCCCGCUGCUGCAGGAGCCGGGCGCGGCCGCGGAAGCGGGCGACCGGCACGCCAUCAAGUGUGUGCUCGUGGGCGACGGCGCCGUGGGCAAGACCGCGCUCGUCGUCAGCUACUCCACCAACGGCUUCCCCAGCCGAUACGUGCCCACCGCCUACGACACCUUCACAGUGAUGGUCCGGGUCGACGGGCGGCCGUACAGCGUGCAGCUCUGUGACACAGCGGGCCUGGACGCGUUGGACCCGGUGCGCGCACUGUGCUACCCGGACGCGGACGUCUUCCUGGUGGUGUUCAGCGUGGUGGCGCCGGCGACGCUGCGCUCCGUGGAGCGGCGCUGGGCGCCCGAGGUGCGCCGCUGCUGCCCCGACGCGCCGCUGGUGCUGGUGGGCACGCAGGCCGACCGGCGCCGCGACGCCCGCCUGCUGGCAGAGCUGUCUGCGCGCGGCCAGGCGCCCGUGUCGAGCGCCAGGGCGGCCGAGGCCGUGCGCGCCGUGGGCGCCGCCGUCUACGUCGAGACCUCGGCGCUCACCCAGAGGGACCUCAAGGAGGCCUUCGACCAGGCCAUCGUCUGCGCGCUGCGCCGCCGCGGGCUGCUGCGCCCGCCGCCCCCGCGCCGGAAGAAGCCCUCGGGGCUGUUGUGCUGUUGCCGCCGCUAGCUUCCGAGCCCAGUUCCGUCGCAGCAACGCUACCGGUCCAAUUCCCCAUUCUCAGUCGGUUAUCCGCUGUUGAUGCAACACCGCGAGGAGUCCUACCACAUCAUCUAUAGAUGCUGCCAAUUACGAACUGGCGAUACCACAUCAAGACUAACGCUACUGUGCUACAGACCGAGGAGGUGCUACAGCAGCAUUUCAGUCCUACGUGUCCACAUCUUCAUUCAUCUCUAUCCAUUUACCAGGAACUGACGAUCCAACACCGAGGCAGAAGAGGUACUACAUCUCCUGGUGCUCUGAAGCCUGCCUCCAACGACUCCCUGAAUGACUCGUCAGUCACAGUAUCUCACUGUCUGUGACGCAACUUCGGGACAAAUGGUACUGCACUAGAGAACGAAGAUGUGCUAGGCCCGUCUCCAACAGCCUCGCAACACCACCCUCCCGUUUCUGCAGCCGUCUACUUUCUGGGAACUGGUGGUAUGGCAUUAAUAUGGGGCACCAGUGUGCUGGAGACAUAAGAGGUGCCCUACAUCGGCUAAGACUGCCAAUACUGCAUCUGCUGGCUUUCGAAACAAGUCCAUCAGCUCUUAUAAACAGCAAGUGACAUCCCGGCGAGUUCUACUGUCCUAGAGGAUGAAGAGAUCUACAUCUACGUCCAUACUCCGCAAGCCACCUGACGGUGUAUGGCGGAGGGUACUUUGAGUACCUGUAUCGGUUCUCCCUUCUAUUCCAGUCUCGUAUUCUAAGCUUUUCUCCAACACCGUCUUAACAUCCCAGUUUCUUCAUCCACCUCGACAUCCAUUUACCAGAAACCAACUGUGCAACAUCGAGAGGAGUGUUAGUGGGCUGCGAAGCAAGCAUCCACCAUCUCUCAAAAUCAGUCGUCCAUUUUAUAAUCCAGUAUCAGAUACUCACUGUUUAACUGGUGACGCAACAUCCAGACAACUGCUUCUGUACAAGAGGACGAAGAGAUAAUCGGCCUGUCUCCACCACUUUCUCAAACUUGACUGUCCACGUCUGUUUUCGUCCGCAUAUCAGGAACUGGCGAUGUACCAGCAUGGGUAUCACAGUACUCAAGUCAUAAAACGUACCCUCCGUCGGCUGACUCUGUCUGUCCUACCUCCGCUGGCAUUCAAAACCAAAGUUCUUUUACAAAUAUCGCUAUCAUUUACGCAUUGCCGAGUAACGACAACUGGUGAUAUGGCAUGGAGACAAAAUAUGUGCUAGAGGAUGAAGAGGUGUAAGGAUUCUCUACGCAAACAUCUCAACCCAGUCCGCCCAAUUCUUCAU